AAUUUGCAAACAUAAUUGGUAAAAAGCUAAUUUGACUGUAAAAAUUGUUGGGGCUUAAAGUAUAACGUUCACAACGCACUCAAAUUCAAGCUGCAACAGUGCCCUUAAUAAUGGCCGAUCCAAAGUUUCAAAAUUUACCCGGAAUCGCUUAUGACCAACCCGAUAUCUAUGAAUCUCCUGAUGACCCGGAGAUUGACACAUCCGAUUAUUAUGAGGAAGAACCUGAAAAUGAUGCCAUCGAGCGUUUGCACAUCUCCCCGAGCGCUGCCCAUCAACGUUUCCGUGGCGCCACGCUUGAGGGCAGUGUGGACUUUAGCGAUCGCAUUGGAAGCCGUGUAUGUCGAGGAUACGAUGUUCGCGGAGGCGAUUACGAGCUAGUGGGUGUAGGUGAAAAAGAAACACCCGUGCAGAAAUGCAAACGCUUGCAAAUCGAAAUGAACGAAUUACUCAACGAGGUUGCGGCAUUUCAAGUAGAUCGUAAAAUUGCCGACGAAGAGAAGCAGUCCUACGAUGCUGUGGCAACUGUCAUCACCACGGCCAAGAAAGUAUUGGAUACUCUGAAGCUAGAGCAAGUGCUGGGUAAAGAACAGGUUCCCAACGAUAAACAGGUCAAAGCUCUUAUUAGCCAGGUUGAGGAAUUUAAACAAUCUGGGGUUCUGACAGCCAUUCCAGCACCAGGCGCGGACUUAGCAUCUACUGCACGUGUUGCCAGUCUUGAACAACGGCUAUAUCAACUGGAGAAGGCAGUGGGUGCACAACCGGAAAAACUCAGUCGGCUAACCACGCUUACGAAUACUGGAAACGUUUUGGAAGCAGUACGUCAACUUAGCACAAAAGCGGCAUUGCUGCAGCCAGACAAAUUGGACACAAUUGAGCAACGCCUUACCACUUUGGCUAGUAAAAUGGACGCCAUUGCGGAGAAGUCCAGCGGCAGUGCCCAGGAUGCCAAGCGUGAUCAGAAGAUUAUUGAGCUGUAUGACCUGGCGAAGCGCACCGAACCGGUAGCUGAAAUAUUACCACAUGUCAUUGAGCGCAUGCAAGCCCUUGAGGCGCUACACAAAUAUGCAAACAAUUUUGCGAAAAUAAUUGCGGAAAUCGAGCAGAAACAAAGUACCAUUACUACUAGUUUGGUCAAUAAUAAAGAACUUUUGCAUUCUGUGCAAGAAACAUUUGCACAAAAUCUGGAGACUAUAAAUAAGAAGGUAGCUAAGGUCGAAGAACGUGUUACCGCUAUAUCAUCAAAAAAGUAAUUGGAUAAACAAUACUAUUAUAACUAUUUAUCUAAAUAAAAAUACUUUAAAGAUUGAUCAA